AAGAAGUGCGAAGAUUCGACCCCGUGGAUGCGGUACUACAACCGGCGCCCCCGCACCCCGCCGCCAAAGGAGGCCGCCUCCGCGUGUGACGUGGUCCUCCCCACUUCUCCUCAACCGUCUACCAGCAAGGCGGGCUUCCCGGAGCCGCCUCGCGAAGCGCAGCAGCCUGAUGACAGGCGAGUCAAGUUCCCACGGGUCGACGGCUCGGUCUUCUCGAGCUUCGACGACGAGGACACCACGUGGGUGUCUCCAUUUUGGCGCAUGGCGCCCAUGUACAGCUCCUACACCCGCGCCAAGUACACCUCGAUCAUGUCUCCAUUUUGGAGACAGACCCGACAUUUUGGAGACAGCUUCGACAGCGACGCCAAGUACACCUCGAUCAUGUCUCCAUUUUGGAGACAGACCCGACAUUUUGGAGACAGCUUCGACAGCGACGCCAAUUACACCUCGAUCAUGUCUCCAUUUUGGAGACAGACCCGACAUUUUGGAGACAGCUCCGACAGCGACGCCAGGAGCGUCGUGUACAUCUCCGACACCGACAGCGACGCCGGGAGCGUCGUGUACAUCUCCGACACCGACGUCGACGGGGGGAGCCCGCCGAAGGCGUCGGAGCGCCACGUCCACGACAUGAGCUCGGACGACGACGCCGGCGCGAGCGGGCGUCGUCGCACAUCCAGCGACGAGUCCAGCCGCAAGCGAAGCUUUCAUCGCACGCCCGCCGUAACGCCGAGAAACCGCAGCGGAGCAGUGGUGACUGGGAAGCCUAUCGCCCGCACACCAACGUGCUGUGGCUUCACUACUUGCUGACGAAGUUGUUGAAGAAGCUCCCCAAGACAAAACAAGUCGCGGAUGUCGUUGAGCCGUCCACUCCUCGCGGCCGACUGGCCGCCUGGGAGGACGUGAUCCUGUCGUUCUCGUCGGCCGAGGAGUUCGUGGCACAACAGGUCAUCCCCCAUCUCGAACGCGACGCCGAGGCACCGCGCAGAGCGAGGCGCGUGCAACGGCCCCAGACUGAGGAACCGCGCGCCAUGAAUCUUCGCACGAGCCGCUAAGUGCGCCGUCGUCGUGCACUAGCGAUACAUAAAAAAAGAAACUAAAAAAAGUUCUAUAUAAUAUAUUCAUUUUAUGCGAGGUUCUGCAAUGUUGUACAAUUUAUCGGAGAAGGCUGCUGAUAUCCUUACAGAAAUUUGUGUUCGUUAAUUAUAUUUUGCAUCACAUAAAUUUCUUUGUUUGAAAGAUUGCGUGCCGCAAUUCCAACUUUACCUUUGUAAUUGUUUCGUAAAAUAAAGAUGAUCUUUUAUUGUUCACUUUUAUGUUAAUAAUUUUAUAUUUUAAUUAUUUAUUCCGAAUUUAUUUAUUGACCGAAUAAAGAUAAUGUUGAAUA